AUGUCGCUAAGAAAUCGAAAUGUGGCUACCUUGGAGGGAUUCGUCGGUGACAACUACUUCGACUUGGUGACGGACGUGAGUGAGACAUGGGAGCGAAUCAAGCAGUCGCCACACUACAAGGAAGACUUUGGUGUGGCUCUCUUCACAAGAAUGUUUGAGGCAGCACCAGAUAUGUGGGUGCACUUUCCCUGGGGACUGGAGGGGCACAAUCAUCAUCUCUUGGAGAGUCCACAUCUUGCCGCCGUGGCCAGGCAAUUCACCAAGAUGCUAGAUCGUGCCAUUGAAAUGCUGGGCCCUGAUUUGCAGUUGGUGGAGAACCAGCUUCAAUGGCUGGGAGUAUCGCAUGCCUAUCUUGGCCUGACGCCCGUCCACUACACAUUGAUUGGACAGGCCCUCAUGGCAACAUUAGAAUCCAAAUUGGGUGCUGGGAGUGGCCACCCUCGCAAGUUUACACGCAGGCACAAGGACUCCUGGAAUACAAUCUAUUCCUUCAUCUCUACGAGUAUGAUCCAAGGAGCUUUCUUGGAUCUAAAGCGUGUUUCUUCUGUUUCGAAGAUAGGCACUCACUAA